AGGAUCGCGUAGUGCUGGUGAUUUUGAUUCUUCACGAUGAAUCUCGUUGUAUCAACUAUAAAAUUCGUCGUUGUAGUGUUGAUUUUUGCUGCCCCCGCGCUAUCAUCUCCACGAACGCUUGGUCUAUUUCUAGUACUUCUUCUGCCAAAGAAGAGUAAGUAGGUACCUUUCCCAUGCUUCCUCUUUGCACCAAUCAAGAAAACAGGUCCAUACUCGCAAGUUUACAACCACACUUGUACUCGCAAGUAUUUACUACAGUUUUUCGCUGGUUCUACUUUGCUGUAGAAUAGCGACUACUUCGUCCAGGUAGACCCUGCUUAAAUAAACAAAAGCACCUUGUUCUUGUACUUUUGCGUCUUUCAAGGACCUGAAAGUCAGUCACAAACAAAAUGCCCGGAGGACAGCAGCUGUAUCUCCAAACUAGCUUCCGCAAGAAGCUCUCCUGUGCCGCGACGGCGGCGACCACAUUGGGUGCUGGAUUGGCGGCAGCUUCCGUGGCGGGAGCUGCUGCAGUGGGCGACAAGAACACCGGCGUCAAAAGUGGUCGUCCCGUUGUGGUGGAGCGGUCGUUGCGGGGCGGGCGUCGUACUGGAGGUAAAACGGGCGGUGCUGCUCGUGUGAAAAAAAUCGGCGCUGCGGAACAAGAUCAUGACCACGAGGAGGAAAUGAACGACGGUGCUGUCAAGAACACGAUGUUGACCCAGGACCGCAUGCUUUCCCAAUUGCAGCUCGACCUCGAAGACAUGGGAUACAAUGUUACCACAACUUCUGCCGACGGCUGGUCCUCAGAUGGUGGAAAUUUCCUCGAGAUGAAGACCUCCAAAAAAUCCGAAGUUGUUUCGCAGCAAAAAAUGACGGCCGCUAAAAAAUGCGAGUACACGACCGGGCAUUUUGACGAAAUGUAUGACAACAGGGGAGAAAGAACGGCGGGGUACCGCACGGAUGUCUACGCGACCACGGACGCAAUCCUCCACAAAGACACAGCCGGGCUUUCGCGCGUUCUGGUUGUCGUUCCCGAUGUUGACGAUUCCGGAGCGAAAGGGGCGAGGGAGCUCUGCGAGUACUGGGCCAACAAGUGGAGGGGCGAGGACGACCGUCCGCCGGGUUACGACGUGAUUGUGCCGUGGUUUCGCAGCCAGGACGAGGCGAAGGAGGAGCGCAUCCACUGGAUAUGGAUCGCAAAUACGUCUGGGUCCGGAAGAGUGCAUGUUUGUCAUGCUUGUCUGGCAUGACUCUUAGAUCUGUCAUGCACGUUACCCAGUAAGCAGCAUUUUUCUAUCAUGCAGAAACGCAGUUUGUCAUGCAGAAUAGGCAACACCUUCACCUAGAAGCUCAGAAAGUUGUCAUGCUGAGCCAGCACUACUUGUGGUCUCGUCCUCAUGAUACGCCAUUCAGCAUCACAAGUUUCCAGACCCAGACACUCUUGCAUUUGAUAUUAGAACGGCAGUACGAACGAGCAGGCCUUGCUCGGAAAGGCCAACCUGGUCGAACGCGCCACCACCUACGAUUUUUUCGACCGAAUCCUCUCCCCGCUGCGGGACUCGGUGGGGCAGCAACUUAUGGUCGUGGGCUUUGGCGGCCACGCUGCCGGCUUUGUCCAGCGCUGGGCGCUGGUCAGCCAACUGGGCCCGAUGAAAAACGACUUUCGGGUGCAAGUGGUGUUCGGCGGCGCCAACAGCCACGGCUACCUCGACAACAUGCGGUCGACCGAUGACUGGAAGAAAAACCGGUGCUUUAUGGGAUUCUCAACCGUUACACUCUCAAUUGUUACGCGAAUUUGUAAUGCAAGAAUAGCAAAAGUCAAAGGGGGAAGGUUGCACCUGUAGCAUUACAAAUUCCGCACAGAUUUAGGCGCUGUCUAGCCCUUCGCAAAUUUGUCAUGCGAAGCAGCUUGCUCGUGUGGAUCUUGAUGGUAGUUCUGCAUGACAAAUUCAUGUAAAAGAACAGUUGAGAAUGUAACGCUUGAGAACCCCAUAUGCUUGGGCGGGGCGCUCGGCACGGGCUGCAAGUCGCCCGCCGUGCUGGCCGGGCCGCUGAAGGGGAAAAAGGGAUGGUCGAUUGACACUGAUGAGCAGCUGUAUGAACUGCAAAAAAAUCGUACUCGUAUUGCAAUCAUGCAUUACAAAUUUUUCUCUUAAGCUGAAUCCGCAUUACAAACUUCAUUUCUCAUCCUGAGUGAAUUUGUCAUGCAUUUAGUAUACGAGUGCGAUUCUUUUGCCAUGCAUAAGCUGCAUCACAAAGUGAAAAGCUUUUACGACGACCUGUCCGGGAACCCGUUUGAAGACGACGAGAAGCUGACCUACCCCCGGUACAGCCUCCCUUCGCGCGUGCCUGAGCCGUCGAAGGGAGAGUUGAUGGAGGUCUCGGAGCGCAUCCGGAACGAGGUAUAUUGAAAUACGAUGUAGUGUAUGCAAUACAAAUUUUCCGUACAUGAUGUACAGGAUGCAUCACAAACUUCACCACUUUUGAGGGUAAAACUUGUCAUGCUAAACUAGGAUCGAAGCCUCGCUUUGUCAUGCAGAGACCGCAUUUGUUCGUGAAUCGUGAUGUUGGUCGUGAUGCAAUACAAAUUUAAGUAAAUGACUUUUUAUCAACAUGAAAAAGGUUUUUUCCAAGUUCCAGUUGCACAUCGCCAUCAACGAGGGGGACCGGUGCACCUGUCUCGCGGGAAACGAAAACCGGGACAUGAAAGAGAUCUACGCGAUAUCCUGCUGAUAAAAACGUCCCCGCCCCAUGCUUGUCAACAUGCAGAUCUGCAUCCUCAAAACCGAUUUUUUAUGCGGGGCCCCAUGAGAACCAUUUCAAUUUUUUUGUGGUGUUUUGGGAUUUGUGAUGCUCCAAUCACCAAAAUAUGCUAGAUCUCUCAUGCUGCUGCACUAGCGAAACAGGAAUACUUACAAUUCGAGGCCAAGAAGUUUGUCAUGAUGCGCAACAGGAGCCAAAACUGGUUGAUUUGUGUAGCAGAAUUAUUCCCAUCUUGACUAUGGGGUGGGAACGUUUUUACUCAGGAUGCGCGAAGUUCAGCGACGCUGUGGGCAGCACGACGAGAAACUACUUCCACGACAGCAACUACUGCGGCAAGAAAAACAACUCCCAGGGGGACAAGGAUCGCCCCGCGGAAAACUACUGCACGAACGAAAAAAUCAAGGGGGACGAAGUGGACGUUGACAAAUUUUCCGUUGCGCAGGGCUUCACCCGGUUCCAGCGGUCCUGGGAUUUCUACUACUGGAUGCAACUGCACUCCGGGGUGCGCGAGUUUGGGACAAUUGAAGACGAGAACAUCCUGAAGAUGCCGCCGUUGGAAAGUCAGAUUCGAACGUACGAUGAGACGAACAACCAAGUCGACAACGAUGACGUUUACCAGAACAACGACCUGUCGCGAGCCCUGAUCCAAGCCCACCCCUGCCGAGCGUGCCAGCACGAUGGCAAAACGGGAAGCAACGAGCUGACGAUUGUCAAGCAGCUGCUGGCGCAGAACCAUUUCAAAUCCAAUCGGCCGGAGAAAAGUGGGGAUUCCCCGGCGCGGAGCCGCAACAAGUUUGCCGGGCACUACGCGCGCAAGUUGGACAACGUGUAUCAAAAGGAAAAAUCCCCCUGCCCAUAUCGAAAAGGCAUGUUUCCGAAAAUUUGUGUUGCUGAUUUGAGGCCACAAACCACAUCUGUCUUGCAAGAAGACAAGGGCAGAAGCUUCCGCCCCAUUAUGGAAGCGAUUUGUCAUGCUGUUGGGCAUAAAGGGGAGCCGUCUGCCAUGCUGAACAACUAGACCCGUACGCCCCUACCUAGCCUGGGGACCUGGCCGCAGCGCCUCUCUGCAUUACAAACCUGAUUGGUGUACACAAAUCCAGCAUCAGAAGUUCUGUUUUGAUAUGGGGAGGGGGGAUUUUUCCUUUCGAUAACGUGCGGGUGGGCUUCCCGGAUCACGUUCUGACCAAUCGCAAGAAGGACUACGCUGCCCAUUUGAUCCAAGGGUCCUCCAAGGAAACCAAAAAAAUGGAAGCCAAUCUGAAAGAGUUCUUCCAGAACGAAGUGAGCGGGCGUUGA